CCAAUAACAAAAUAAAACCAAAAAAUUACCUCCACACCAAGGCCAUCUAUCUUCACGCAAUGCCAACCUUGAAUAUUACCGUUUUGAGUGCACAUAAUCUUGUCGCAAAAGAUAUUACAGGUACUAGUGAUCCAUAUUGUAUUAUUAAAUGUGGACGUGCUAAACAUCGUACUUCUACCAAGCCUAUGACUUUGAAUCCUGCCUGGUUUGAAAGUUUCACUGUCAGUGUUAUGGAUCCUAUGAGAGAAUCUGUCACUUUUGAUUUAUAUGACAAGGAUUUAAUUAGUAAUGAUGAUCCAUUGGGAUCUGCUGUUGUUCAAUUGAAUACUUUGAGAAGAGGAGUUCCAGAAAGAAUGACAUUGAAUUUAAUGGGAGCUAGAUCAGGAGUUUUGAUGGUUGAAUUGAAUGCUCUUGAUUUUGGUCAAGCCAUGAUGUCACAGCCGAUGAUGCAACCAAUGAUGCAACAACCAAUGAUGCAACAGCCAAUGAUGAUGCAACAACCAAUGAUGCAACAACCUAUGAUGCAGCAACCAAUGAUGCAUCCAACAAUGAUGCCAAUGGUUCAAACUCAACCUAUGAUGCAACCAAUGAUGCAACAACCAAUGAUGACUCAAUCAACAACUUAUACUACUGGAUAUCCACAACAACAAGCCUAUGGUGUUCCUCCACCAAUGGGAUAUCCACCAUAUGGUGGUGGUUACUAUUAAGUUGACCAACAAUUAUUUUUGAAAUAGAUCAAUAUCUGUGACAUUCUUGUAACUUUAGAUGAUGUAUAUAAAAUCUACACUAACUUAUUUAUUUAAU